CGUUUGCUGACUGGUCAGCUGUGUAUGUACGUGUCAGUGGAAAUUGUAAACUCGAGCUAUACCUCAUCGGUUUGAUUUACAGGCAUGGAGUAGCUUUAGGUAUUAUUUUAUCAAAAUAACGACAAGCACGGUUGCAAUGGAGAACAUCCAGAAUGUCCCAAUUGACAUCCAAACCAGUAAACUCUUAGACUGGCUUGUGGACCGGAGGCACUGCACGCUGAAAUGGCAAAGUGCAGUGUUGACAAUUAGAGAGAAAAUCAAUGCCGCCAUUCAGGAUAUGCCAGAGAAUGAGGAGAUCAAACAACUGCUCUCUGGCUCAUAUAUUCACUAUUUCCAUUGCUUACAAAUAAUCGAAAUAUUAAAAGGAACAGAAGCGUCCACCAAAAAUAUUUUUGGCAGAUAUUCAUCACAAAGGAUGAAGGAUUGGCAAGAAAUAGUGUCCCUGUAUGAAAAAGACAAUGUCUAUUUAGCUGAAGUGGCCAGUAUAUUGAUCCGUAGUGUAAGUUAUGAAGGUCCUGCUUUGAGGAAGCAGGUGUCUAAAGCGCAGCAGCUGCAGCAGGAGUUGAGCCGAAGAGAACUGGAGUGUCAGAGCGGUGCCACCGACAUGAGGGAACGCUAUUAUGCUGCCUGUAAACAGUAUGGGAUACAGGGGGAAAAUGUGGCAAGGGAGUUACAAGCACUCGUUAAGGAUCUGCCUGUAGUUUUAGAAGAAACUGGUAAAAAAGCAGCAUGUCUGGAUGAAGCUAUAAACUUUUACGCGGCCUUCAUAAACUUCGUUAGUGAUUGGUCUGAAGAAGUCCUGCCCAUUCUAAGAUUUGUCCAGAAGAAAGGAAACACAACUGUAUAUGAGUGGAAGACAGGAAAUCUGGCCUUAGUUGUAGAGAGACCUGUAAUGGAGGAAGCCCCACCUGAUGUUGUCACAGAGGAGACUAUUGACUGGGGUGACCUCGGCGAUGGCGCGGAUACUAAAGAGGUGAAUUUUGGGAUCUCUGUUGAGGACGGUGUGGACUUCGGUAUCAGUCUCGAGUCUGGCACAGAGGAAACCAGUGCUGGUGGUAUUGACUGGGGAGGCUCUGAACCUGUGGAAAUUGAAAUUGUGGAUGUUGGCACAGACUGUCCUGAUGGUGUUGCCAGAGGUGAAGAUGCGCUUUCACUUCUAGAAAGCUCACAGACACGUGGCCAGUUCAUCGAUGAGCUGAAGGAGUUGGAAAUGUUCCUGUGUCAGCGGCUCAGUGAGAUGCGUGAAGAAGGUGACUUGGUGACCAUGAGUCAGUUCCAGCUCGCUCCCUCAGUGAUUCAGGCCCAGACUCCCGAGCGUGUGGAAGCCAUGCUGGCAGACGUGCGUGACCUGCUAAAUGGGCUCACUUCAGUACGGAUGCAGCACCUCUUCAUGAUCCAAGCAUCACCAAGCUACGUGAAGCGUGUUUCAGAGUUACUGCGGCAGAAACUCAAGCAGGCUGAUAUCUUGGUGUUAAAACGUGGCACACUGGCUGAAAAACGACAGGAGGCUCUGGAAGAACAGGCCAAGCUGGAGCCCCGCAUUGAUCUGCUGGCAGCUCGCACCAAGGAGCUCCAGAAACUGAUUGAAGCUGACAUCUCCAAAAGAUACAACAACCGGCCCGUCAACCUCAUGGGAGUUCAUGUGUGACCAAGAAGAGUAUUUACAUGCUGCACAGAUGUAUCAUUUCAUAAAUAUAUUUUUCCCAUGGUGAUUCCUUUUUAUGGUGGAAUAAAAUUGUUGCAAUCACAGCGCUUUGAAUAUUCAAAGAAGGCUGUAAAUAACUUGCGCUUACACAGCUGGCCUCAUUAGUCUGAAGUGCUGAAUUCAGUAAAUGAACCGUCUUAAGAGGCCAGCAUUUAAAUAUACAAUUGCUAACCCUAAUUUCUGUGAAGAAAAGCAUGUGGUAUUUUCCAUAGAUAGGCUAUCAAAACUCUAAAAGAAAUGGUCAGAAUUUUUUUAUACAUUUUUCGCAAACAACAUGUACAAUAAAGUAAUAAACUUUAUUUUAAAAAAAUAAAUGAAAUAUUAAAUUGCUGAA